AUGUCAAAGAUAUUAUUUAAAACGAAGAACGAUUCAAGGUUUACGCGUCGUCUUUUCUCAUCAGAUUUUAAAUUUCUAGUCCCAAUGUCGUCAACCACAUAUUCCGACCACGACCCGGACUAUCAACAAGCAAUACUCCACAUACGCAGUUUAUGGGAGUUUGCAAAUGCAUCCCAAUUCAUGCAUACAUAUUAUGAUGCAUUUGGAUUGGAUUCAUUUGACACUGACGAGUUGGAGCGGAGUUUAGCCACCGAUGAUAAUAUCCAGAUUGGGGACUUAAUCAUAAAGAUGCUACGGACUCUGUCAUUCAAUAAAAAUAUAUCUCUGGACAACUGGGAACAACAUCUCCUUCAACAAUAUCAGAAACAUGCGCCCGAAAAGAACCCAUUCGGUGAUGAAACAUGCUCCAUAAAAUUUGAAGAUAUGUCUGUAAAACAGAAGGUCUUGAUUUUACAUGAUCUUUGCCAUUGGCAGAUGCGGAAUCCUGAUAGAUUUAGGAACCUAUUGUCAAACCAAGACAAUCCACAAGAAUGGCGAGUCUCUCCGGUUGGAUAUGACUCCAAGGGCAAUACAUACUGGCUUUUUGAUGAUAAUCGGCUUUGCAAAGAAUCACCAAAAAAGGAUGUGUCCAAAAAACAAAAAAGUAAAGUUAAGAAUACUCGACGUAGUCGCGCGAAACAUGUUCCUUCUGAAGUGAAUGAAACUAUUGCUGAAUCCACGAACUGGGAGACCGUUUGCGUUACAAUUGCUGAAUGGGAAGAAUUUCCAAAGCGUUUCGAAAAAUCAAGAAAUUUGCAAGAAAAAGCAUUUUAUAAGCUAUUGACUGAAGACCUUUUACCACAGAUUUUGGCUGCCUUGCAUGAGAAGGAGAAAGAACAAAAAAAACUUGAUGCCUUGGCUAACAGGAAGCGUAGUUCAAGAAUUCAAAAACGAGAAAUCGAAAAACAUGAAGCUGAUCUUGCUGCUCAACUUAAAAAAGAUCAGGAUGAGCGAGAGGAAAAGGCCAGGCAAGAUGAAAUUGCAAGGCUUAAAGCUGAGAGGGAUAGGGAAGCAAGAAGUCAAGCACGUGAGCGCCGUUCAAAAGAAAGAGAGCAACGGUUGCUAGCUAGGGAUGAUAAAUUAAAAAAAGAACAAGACAUUACAAUUGAGCAACAGCAUGCCAUAAAAAUUAAACGAGUUAGUGAUAUACAAGAUCAUUUAACGCCACCAGACACAACAUUUCAGGUUAAAAAUCAAAAUCCAGAAGAUUGGUAUUUCGAUUGCUUAUGUGGCGUUUCUGGUACAAACAUUAAUGAUGGUAGUAAUAUGAUUGCAUGUGACCGAUGCGCAGUAUGGCAGCAUCUUGACUGCCUUUUAAAGACUGACGAACGAUUUCGUAAAACGAGCGAUUUUUCACAAAUUGAUUAUAUUUGCGCGAGGUGUUUACAGCGUCAGGUGAUACAAUCGAGCACGCCUGCGAGUAAUAAUGAACAUGAUGAGACUAUCGAUGUUGUUAAAAUUGAUUCCAAUGAUGUUAUAAUUCCCCCAAUUCAACCAUUUGAGAACACUCUACGAUCAGAUCAAACGGUACAGGAAAUGAAUAUUGAUCUGACUAGUGUUAAGCGUCCUAGGCAAAAACAAGAAAAUCAAGAAAUUUCGGCUUUACCAGUUAAAGAACGAAAGAGGCCUGUUAAGAAUACGAAAAAAUCUAAUAAUAAUGGUAUUGAAUGUGAAGAGCAACAAAGAGAAGAAGAAAAGAUAUGGGUCAAAUUUUACCAACUCCUUCGGCGAUUUGCUGGUGGUUCCAACAUGUACACGACUGGCUAUAGACCUAUGCCGAACAAUGUUUCAGCACCAUUUCCAGUUAAUAUACCAUACAAAUCCUCUCCAAGUACAGUUCCUGCCACGACAUUAUCACAUGGCCAUGCUGACAUAUAUUCAGCAAAUGCAUCAUAUUCUUCAAGCUAUUCUCGCGACGUAGGCUCUUUUGAUGGUGUUGAUUCAACAAAAGAUAUAGGCGUAGCAACAAAUAACAUUCAGGAUUCUAAUGAGGAAAAAGCAGAAGAAACUUGGAUUUUACCACAUAAAAAAGAUAUCAUGAGUAUUAGUAAUUUAAUCGAAUAG